AUGGAAAAUGAAGAGAGUUUUAAUUCAACACAAAGUUCCCAAAACUCCCCAAAUCCACUAAACACCUCACCUGGAAACAAAGUUGUUGAUGAUAAUAAUGCAAAAAAUCUAGAUAAUCGUAAUAAUAUAGAGAAUAAUAUUAACCUCGAUAAUUAUUGUAAAAAUAAUGCUAAUGAAUCAGAAUAUAAUCAGGAGAAUGACUCAGCUGAAACCACAGCCUCCAAUACUACAGUAAAUAAUCCCUCCGAAAAUACCUUCGAUACUGAUGUUGAUAAUAAUUUAUUCGGGCUACCGUCACCUGUAUAUUAUAAAGAACGUGGUAACGAGUGUUUUAAGGAUAAUAACUAUACCGAGGCUAUUGACUGGUACACAAAAGCUUUGGAGAGGUUAGAAUUUUCAGAGGAUGAUAUUUUAAAGGCUCAAAUUUUCUGUAACCGUGCAGCAUGCCAUCAGGCACUUGGAGAAUGGGAAAAUUCAAUUUCAGAUUGUAACGACGCUCUCACCUUCAAUGAUUCAUACCCCAAGGCAUAUUUAAGGCGUAGUAUGGCAUUUGAGAAGACCAAGUUCUAUCAGAAAUCACACUCUGAUUUAGAAAAGGCACUUCAACUGGAUUCUUCAUUGGAAGAAAAGUAUUUGGUAAAGAAAACACAGCUUAAGAAACUGGCUGACGCCGAAUUUGAGACUGAGAAGGCUGAGAUGUUAGGGAAAUUGAAGGAUUUGGGAAAUAAUCUCCUGGGCAAAAUCGGACUUUCGCUUGACAACUUCAAGGUGCAGAAAAAUCCCGAAACCGGGUCCUACAACAUACAAUUUCAACAAUAA